GUCAUAGCUAUGCAGCAUUUAGAUGGUAGUCUGUACUCUCCUGACAUAAUUAAUGGUACUCGAUGUGGAGGUUUAACCUAUCAGUCUCAUUACCAGCGGUUGGACAUCUACAAGCCGAGGGGCAGAAGAGGGGCCGAAGUACAUUUUACACCAACAACGAAUUUGCCAACACAGACCUCCAUCCCUAUGUACCGAGAGUCCAGUGAAGACUACUGUCUGUAUCCGUAUAUGAAGAACAGAGACAUGUACCAAUCAGAGACGUCAGCAGUCUUCACUCCACCAGCCCAAUCAAGUCGAGCAUCAUUCGCUCAGCUACAAGGAGGACCAUCAUUGAACAAGCUUUACGUAGGUCAAGGAGAGGCGUUCCCAGAAAUCCAUACACCAAUUAGAUACCUGAAGACUUGGCCUGCCCAAGACAUCUACCAUGAAGGUAUCCAAGAGACUGUCAGGAGAGGCCAGCUGGUACAUAAGCCAACGCCGAUACAGAGAAAAGCCAUACCGGGAUACACUGGAUAUAUCCCGUGCCCUACCUGGUCCCUGGGAGUGAGUUACAUACCUGGUGCCGUGGAUCGAUUGGAUAAAUUUGAACGUGCCCAAGCGAAGAUGGAAAAUCUUCCAAUGUACCCAGAUGUGAUACGCAGAAAAACAGCAGCGCUGGAUUGCAGAAUCUACACCUCUGCUGGUCUCAAGCCCAAAUACACCGGCUUUAUCCCAGGUUACAGGGACAGCUUUGGUUACACCUAUGGUGAUGCUUCCAGACUCUGCUACUGGAAAUACCAACAUCAAGAAUGA